CUGCUCUUCACUCCUUCCCCCACACGCGAGUGGUAGGUGGGCGUUUUGCUUUAACAAUAGUAGAUAGACUGAACUGAAGGGUAGUUACAAACUUACAAUUCCUCUCUUAUUAAAGCCCCGGAGCCUCCUCCCUCUUGUAUUAUCUUCAUGAAACACUGAACCACCACCACAGUACACUACACAGACAAACAAAGGUAGCCAUGACUCUUCUGGCCUUUGUUUCAUUCACUCUUUUCGUCGCUUUUCUCAUCUAUUUCCUCUUCAACCUGCUCAAUCGAUACCCUCGUCCCCUUCCUCCAGGCCCUAAACCAUGGCCCAUCAUCGGCAACCUCCCCCAUCUGGGAACCGUGCCCCACCACAGUCUCGCAGCCAUGGCUCGUACUUACGGCCCCCUCCUCCACCUACGUCUGGGAUCAGUUCACGUCGUCGUUGCAGCGUCGGCGUCUGUUGCUGCACAGUUCCUUAAAACCCACGAUGCCAAUUUCUCGAGCCGGCCACCUAAUUCUGGCGCUAAGCACAUCGCUUACAACUACCAGGACCUUGUCUUUGCACCCUAUGGUCCCAGAUGGCGCAUGCUCAGGAAGAUUUGCUCCGUCCAUCUCUUCUCCGGCAAGGCCUUGGAUGAUUUCCGUCAUAUCCGACAGGAGGAGGUCGCAGUGUUGAUCCGGGCCCUGGCCGGAGCGGGAAAGGCCGCAGUGAAUGUAGGGCAGUUGCUGAGCGUGUGCACUACAAAUGCACUGGCGAGGGUGAUGUUGGGAAGGAGAGUGUUCGGAAGCGGUGAAGGAACGGGGGACCAGAAAUCCGAAGAGUUCAAGGAGAUGGUGGUGGAGUUGAUGGUGCUGGCCGGGGUUUUCAACAUCGGCGACUUUGUGCCUGCGCUAGACUGGUUGGAUUUGCAGGGUGUCGCUUCUAAGAUGAAGAAGUUGCAUGCGAGAUUCGAUAACUUCUUGAAUGGGAUCUUGGACGAACACAGGGUCAUGGGUGGUGGCUCCGAAGGUCACACGGAUUUGCUCAGUACCUUGCUCUCGUUGAAGGAUAACGUAGAUGGCGAAGGAGGGAAGCUCACGGAUACAGAAAUCAAGGCCUUGCUUUUGGACUUAUUUACAGCAGGCACCGACACAUCAGCAAGCACAGUGGAAUGGGCGCUGGCCGAACUCAUCCGGCACCCUGACAUGCUAGCUCGAGCUCAACGGGAACUCGACGCUGUCGUCGGUAAGGACCGGCUGGUGACGGAAUCCGACAUAUCUCAGCUUACGUACCUGCAAGCAGUGAUCAAGGAAACAUUCCGGCUCCACCCGUCAACACCGCUCUCCGUCCCCCGAAUGGCAUCCGAAGGCUGUGAGAUCAACGGAUACUACAUUCCCAAGGGCUCCACCCUUCUAGUCAACGUCUGGGCCAUAGCGCGGGAUCCAGCCAUAUGGCCUGAGCCGCUUCAAUUCCGGCCCGAGCGCUUCCUCCCGGGAAGCAAGCACGCCAACGUUGAUGUCCGAGGUAACGAUUUUGAAGUCAUUCCCUUUGGUGCGGGCCGUAGGAUAUGUGCCGGAAUGAACUUGGGCUUGCGCAUGGUUCACCUCUUGACUGCCACCCUGGUCCACGCAUUGGAUUGGGGGCUACAAGAGGGCCAAAUGGCGGAGAAGCUGAACAUGGAGGAGGCGUAUGGCCUGACCUUGCAAAGAGCUGUUCCCUUAACGGUACACCCACGCCCAAGGUUGGCUCCACACGUCUAUCGUGCCUCGUCCUAGACUUUGGAAUCCAAUAUGAAGCUAAGAUUUAAGCUUGCUAUGUCUAUUAGAUACCACAUCCUACUUCGUAUGCACCUCUUUUCUUUCUUUUAUAUUUGUUUUCUCCUAAGGUGUCACUGGAGUAGUCCCCUAUGAAUAUAUAAUUACAGUUUCAUUUCUUCUA